AUAGAAAGAUACAUACGAACGUUGAGAGAAGGACUUGCAAAACUAGAUAGAAAGAGACCACUGAAAGAGAGAAUAAAGGAGCUAGUAAAAAGCUAUAACAGCACGUGGCACAGUGGGAUAAGAACAACACCAGAGAAAGCAGGACGAGAACAAGAAAAGGUCAGUGAGAUAAAUAAGGCAGACGGGAAGUACGCAAAAGCAUAUAAAAUCAAGAAAAGAGAACAGUUCUGGCCAGGCGAACAAGUAAAAACAGCAAAACUUGAAAACUUAAAGCAAAAGCAGAAAAGCGAAAAAGGAAGAUUCUACAAUGAUGGAGUAAUAGUAAAGAGAUGUGGGAAUGAUACGUAUUUAGUGAAAGACGAAAGUGGGAAGAUUAAGAAGAAGACAUAUAAAGAAAUAAAAGGGCUGCCAGAGAUACGGAAGCCAUUGGAAACAUGGAGGCUGAAGGAAGAGGAAGAGAAUAACAACAAGGAUAUCAAAAAUGGGGGGUGUAAAAGAGAAAUAGAAGGAAGACAGAAUGACCUCUGUCUUGCCGGGGGCAUGUUGAGUAUAAAUUAA